AUGGCAGAUCCUGUGGGCAGCAUUAUGCCUCCAGCAGUGCCACCUCCAUGUCCGGAGCCCGCGCAGUCACCGAGCGGGUCUCCGAGCUUGCUGUCCCUUGCCCGGAGCUUCUACGUGGCAAACAACAGCACGGUGGAAGAGCUCCAGCAGCAAUACGUCAGGUUUGUCAUGAACGGCCACAGCCACAGCCAUAGAAGCGUGGAGCAGCCGGCGGAUCGUGUGCCCGAUGCCGAGAAAGGGGAGCACCCACGUCCUACACGGGGACAAGGUCUCCAGAGCGCGGAUCGCCUCGCGCGUGUUGUACCACAGGAAUCAGAGGAAGGGGAGUGUGCAAGCGUCGCUGAGACUUUGCCCGUGCAGCGGAAAUCCUGGACGCAUCCAGCCACGACCGAGCUGAUCCCAGCGAGUCCAAUAAGCUGCCAGAGAAUGCACACCGAUCCCGGCACCGGCAGCCGAAUGCUUGGGGAUGCAGGCACGCCCGUGCGGACCAUGCGGUCCUUGCAGACGGCCAUAGAGCAGGACGCGCUCUCAAGAAUGACGACGAUGGUCUUCGACAGCCAGGACACCGGCCUCGACGAGGAGUCCGGAGGAAAGGCGUGCUAUGGCAUGUUCUGGCUGCUUACCGUGCCAGUUACCACGCUGAACCUGCUGGUGGGGAUCACGCCCCGGGGCAGGCCGGAAUGGAACAUGCCGGUGCGCUGCGGCGCCGUGCUGCUUUGCAGCUUGGCCUGGGCCCUCUGUGUAUAUGCAGCAGCCACCAGCAAGACACACGGCAGCAGCAGGGGCUUGGAGCUGGCAUGCAGCCUCGCGCAUGUGUUCGAAGCCACGCUCUGCGCACUGCUCGUGCUACGGGAAGCAUGGAGCAAUGGAAUGCAAGAGCUCAUCGACAAUGCAAAAAAGGCAGUGGAGUCACCAUCGUCGAGCUUCGCACUGGCUUCCUCGAUGAAGUGGCCUCUGGCCACCAUCACAUGCUGCCUGUUGGGAUGGCUGGUCAGCCACAUCGCUUCGGUGCAGCUUGGCGGGAUGGCAUCUUGGCAAUCCUUGGUAGCCUCUGGCUUCCAAGCCCUUUACCGGGUGUCGUGGGCCUUGGUUCUUAUGUUCCUCAACUGCUCGCUCUUGGUUCUGCUGGACUCGCACUCGCGAAUGUUUGCAAAGAGCCCCACCGGCAUCGAUGCGGCAUACGAGCGUUGGACCUGCAUCGCCUCCUUCAGCGGACAGAUCACAAAUGAGAGCUACCUGCUGUAUGUCCUCCCGCUUGUGACAGUGUUGCUGGGCUUGUUCCCGCCGGUGGCUGUGAUCCUUUUCCCGCACAGUGGAGAGAUUGCCACGUGCUCUGACUGGCUGAUGCCCCAGCUGGUUUCCUGCGCCAUUCACGCCUUCCUCACUGUCCGCCUGUUUGCAAGCGCCGUUGCCGUUACCGAAAAGUGCCACAGGGCCGUGGCCUUCGUAAACAGCUUACAGGGAUCCUUGCCCUCCUACGCUCGCCCUGAGCACUGGCUACUUGUCACGCACAUGGCGAGUACCGAUGCUGGCAUCUUUAUCGGUGGCAUCAAGAUGACCAUGUCACAGAGAGGCGAGCUGCAAUCACGUGCCAUGAGUGUGAUGCUGAUGAUGGCCCUUCGUCUUCAAACCUUGCCAGGAGCGCACACGGCAGAGUUGGUGAAGCAGGUGCAUCGCUUCCUGCGCGCAGUGGUUGGUUGGGCUGACUAA